AUGGCAACUUCUGGUGAUCAAGUGAAGAUUUUAGGAUUGCCAGGCAGUCCUAAAAACCGGGUUCAGAUCUCCCUCAACUUGAAAGGCGUCCCAUAUAAAUUAAGGGAGGAAGAUUUUGUUCAACAAAAGGGAUCUUUUUGGUCAUGGAUGCUUGCAAUUGAGAUAUUGGCUGAGCUGCAAAAUGGGAGCUUUUGUCUCCCUCCUCCUUUGCUCACACAAACAACUAGCAGAAGAGGAAGGAGUAAUAAUGAAAAUGGUGGCCUUAAUUUUAGAUGUUCAUGUUCUUCAUCAUCUGCCAGUAUUCAAAUCAUUGAUAUCCUUCAAAACAAGGUUCUAAUAGCAGCAGCAAUAUCAGGAGCAAUUGGGCAAUGUUCAAAGCCCUUCACUUCAAGGGUUUUAUAUGGAGCUCCCAAUAUUGACUUUAUGAAUGCCUUUCGAGCUGGAGGUUUCCCUUCCACUCAUUCCUCUGCAGCUGUUGCCGCCGCCAUCACCCUUGGCCUUGAAAGGGGUUUCUCGGAUUCGAUUUUUGGUUUGGCAGUUGUUUAUGCUUGCCUGAUCAUGUAUGAUGCACAGGGUGUUAGGAGGGAAGUAGGGAAUCACGCGAAAGUAAUAAAUAAGGAGGUCUUGUACAUAUCAAACAAGCUGGACAAGGAUGCUUCCUGCAGUGGUCACAAGGAUGCCAAUUGUAAUGAAUGUUUUCCAAGUCGAGAAAACAAGGAGGGGUCGUUGGAGCCUUCUUUGCUUCAGCCGAGAUCGAGAAAUGUAGCUUCUAACUCAUUGUUAGUCACUUCUCUUGAUCAGGCAUCCUCUGAUGCGAAAGGAGCCAGAAAAGUGGUCUUGUUGAAAGAAACAAUUGGUCACACAGAGAUGGAAGUCAUAGCAGGUGCUGUGUUGGGUUUCUUUGUCAGUCUAGCUGCAUCGGAGUUCCGACUGAACACGAUCAAUAUGAGGCUGUCUCCGCCGUGGAAGUCCACCGUAUUGAACGGCCGGCGAGGCGGAUUAGGCCUUGCCGCCAUAGCUUAUGUAGGAGUUGACUAUCUCCGGCAUUGGUCCCCGCGGUGGCACGGGCGGUUGCAGCCGGUUUUGUGGACUGUUUUUGCCAUUGCAGUUAUAGUUCGGGUUCCGUUUUACAAGCACUGGUCUGCUGAACUGCGCUCUGCUCUUCCGUUCGUGUUCUCUUUGAUGUUUAUGCUGUCGGCUUUGUUAUUUGAGGCUAUUUCCGUGCGGUUUGUCACGGUGGUGCUUGGCGAAGAUUGGCAUAAUGCUGCCCAGCCUCUUCCAGAUACUGGCCAGUGGCUGCUGCUUGCCUGGAACGAGAAGUUGCCAGAAGUAGUUGUCAGUUUGUUGCGAGCUCGCAUAAUUGGACUGCACCACUACCUAAUGUUGUUUGUGAUGCUUGCUUUCUCUGUGUUAUUCAACUCAGUUGAAGCUCCUGGUCUGGGGUUGGGUGCGAGGUACAUGUUUACCAUGGGUGUUGGGCGAAUUCUCCGUGCGUUGGGGUUUGUAUCUACUAUUUUGCCAUCUCCUCGGCCCUGGUGUGCAUCAGUUCGCUUCCAUCCUCCUGCUCACCCUCAUCAUUGGGCUCAAAAAUAUUAUACUCCAUAUGCAACUGAUUCAUAUGCUAUUCGCCAAGUUAUUUAUUAUGAUAUGGCCUAUGCUGAUCCUGGACAAUAUGGUGUCGAAUAUCGUCCUGAUUGGGGUCCAAUGAGCUUCCUUAUCGACUUCUUGCGACCUACUCCACCUGAUGGUGGUUCUCCAUGGUAUCAUCUGCUAAAGAAAGCUGGGGGCGGUUGCAAUGACCUUAUAUACAGUGGCCACAUGCUUGUAUCAGUAUUGACGGCUAUGGCGUGGACGGAAGCUUAUGGUGGUGUAAGCUCCAUUCUCAUCUGGCUGCUUGUAUUGCACAGUGCACAGAGAGAAAUUCGUGAACGUAAUCAUUACACUGUAGAUUGUCUUUUCGCCAUCUACAUGGGAUUCUUUCUGUGGAAGAUGAUUGGCCUUUUCUGGCCCAGAAAAGAUACAUCCAGACGCAGAAGGCUAGAUAAGCUGGACAAAGUUCAGGGUAAACUGAUGCAAGCAGCAAAAGACUCGGAUAUGGACAGAGUGAAAGAAAUCCUGAAUGAGGUUGAAGUUAGUAGCCAAGUAAGAGAUAGUCUCAAGAACAGGGCUAUGUGGGUGUUCUCUGGCGUAACCAUUUUCUGCACCAUUACAAUGGUGCUUCUUGCCUUCACAUUAACAUCCGAUGGCUAA